CUGUGGAAAAGCUGCUCACCGCUCAAGAGGCAACCAGUCAGUCAGGAGAAGCGCGAGAAGCGAGAACAACCUGAUCUAGCGGCGCUGGUGAACGAAAGACAACAGAGACACAGAGACACAGUGAGAUAUAUAGAGCCAGGAGUUAUCGGUAAGAGAGGCGCUCAGACAGAGAAAGACAGACUAUUUGCAGUCAAGGGAAUCGCAUUGGGAUGAGAAUAAUCUGACUUUUUGCAGCGGGGCGCACAGAGAAUUACGCACGAACGCGCCAGUCCAAGGUGAACCAACUUUUACGCACGGACUUUUGGAGAUGCGGGUCUUCACUCAUGGGGAGAAUGCUGCAUUGUUAUAAUUAACUGCGAUUUAGGAACGGGAGCUGGUCAUAUGAUCAUUUCUGACUGGAGCUCUGACCUGAAAGUGGACGCAUCCAGCACUUUUGCACAUAUUGUCGAAUACGUUUUUUAAAAAAAAUCACACAUUUGGAGACAUUGUUGGGAUCUUAGCUGGGGCUUACUGGGACUAUAUCUUACACUGCAGACUGAUAAUAGGAGCUGUGUGACUGUAACCCUCGUGUACCACAACACCCUGCGUUACGCACCUGUCCCUCAGUACCCUUGACUACUCCUCUUCUGAGUUUUCAAAACAGCAGUAUGGACAGAGUCAGACGUCUAGCCUGCGUGUGAGUCACCGUGAGCAAACACUUGGACAAGCGGCGCUUAUAGGCAGUGACACAUCUGAGGAUAUUUAACAGUACGUGCCUUACAAGCGACCAGCACAAGACACCGGGACGAGGCUCGGUGCAGGCGGGAGAUUGGACGCCGAGGUGCUAAAUGCCCAGCCGGUCGCUUGCGGCUCCUCAGGCUGGGCGGCAACAUGAGGUCCUGGGUCCUGCUGCUGCUGCUGGCUGCGCUCUCAGCGGCCCGUCUGCGGUUAGGAAGCGCUGAGGGUGAUCCUCUCCCACUGUCGCUGGUCGACCUGGUGAGAAACUCUCCCAUCUCCUCUGUGGACGACCUGAAGCUGCUGCUGCAGCAGGAAACCAAUGCAAUAGAAGAAGAGGAGGACGAGCAUGAUAUUCUCACAAACCACACCCAUGGCCGGUACACUAGAAGUCUUGUAGAUGCACAGCCGGCUCAACAGGCAGCGUGUAAAGUUCGGACGGAGGUGAUGGAGGUGACGAGAUCCAUGCUGGACCGCCGCAAUGCCAAUUUCUUGUUGUGGCCACCCUGUGUUGAGGUGCAGCGAUGUUCGGGCUGCUGCAACACCAGGCUGCUACAGUGUGUCCCCACUGUCACCUCCAGCAGAUAUCUGCAGGUAAUAAAGAUCCAGUACAUAAACAGGAAAGCCCACUAUGACAAAGCCAUCAUCUCAGUGGAAGACCAUAUCACCUGUAGGUGCCAACCGUCCUCAUCCUCCCCGUCUUCCCCGUCCUCCUCUUCCUCCUCGUCUGUUCCCAUCACUCACUCCUCCGUCCAAAGCAACCCCAACCCACCUUCUCCGCAGCAGCCUCCCCCUUCCUCCCACCUUCCCUCCCUCCCCCGGGGCGUCCACCCCGCUCCACCAAAGACUCACGCUUCCAAGGCUGACCUGCAUCGCCACGACGACCUUAAGCACAACCAGCAGCGCUACCAUCCUGAGGAGCGUGAGCCGGUGGCGAGGCAAUGGCAGCAGGGCAGUUACACCCAGCUGGUGCACUGGACGCAGCCCAGAGUGCACCAGGCGCCCACACAUGUGCAGCCGGGCGUGCACCAGCCGAUUGUCGGGGUGCUUGGGCCAGUCAGCAACUGGCCAUCUGAAGCAAGGGGAGAGCAUAGUGUCAUGGGAGGUACACAGCAGGUUGGGCAUGGGAGCGGAUAUGACGGGAGCAGGGAAGAAAGCGGUGCGCAUGUAGCAAACAGCGGUGGGGAGGUGAAUCAUCCAGAUCACAUGCAGAGGCAGCAACAGUUGUUACAGCAUCAGCAAAGACAGCAGCAAUAUCAGUAUCAUCAUCAGCCGCAUUACCCACAACAUUACAACCAUGGAGGAGCGGAGGACCAAGAGCUGAGGACACAAUAUCGACUCAACGCUCCCCAGUCAGACAGCUCGUCUCCACCUGGCAGCCCAACCCACCCACCCAAAUUAGAACAAAACUCCACCCCUCCCAUGACCACCUAUCAGAAAGACUCAGUGACCAGCCAAAAGAUUACAGAGGUCACAAAUCAUAGACAGACUGAGACUGAAACAACCAGUCAAAAACAAGGAAGCGAGAGGGAGGAAAGUGGGUCAGCCAAUAGUGGGGAUGCAGCCAGGGCAGAGCUGGCCAAUCAGGGCAAGGAUAAAGACUUAAAAUUGACCAGUGGGGAUGGUCAUUUAACAGAGGAGGAGGGCAGACAGAAAACUCUGGAGACGGUACAGAGGGAACUGGAUCGAGAGACUCAUCUUCAUCCGCAUCAUCCUCAGCAAAGACCAAAACCCACCACAUUUAAAACAGCCCUCUCCACUGUGGCUCCCAUCUCACCCUCAGCUCGUCGGGCUCCGUUCCGACCAGCCUCGACCCGCCGCAGGAGGAAACACCGCAAACGCAUCAGCAAAGCAGCCAUCAGAGCCAUGAUCAUGUAGAGCUGCAGGAAAUGGCAAAGCUAACCAAAAGCUUUUGGCCAGAAACAUUGCACCAAAAGAAUACGGAGGAGAAAGAACCUUGGGAUUCUUCAGUGUGGGAUGAUUGACUCUGUGGACGGAUGCUGAGGAAUCAACAGAGGUGACGGACACUUCUACUGCUUUACAAUGAACAGCUUUAAAAAAAAAAAAAAAGAAGUCACCUUUCCUGCUCCAGAGCUGCCGCAGAGCGUCCAGCUUCAUGGAUAUUAUAAAAGUGCAAUCUUAUGAACUCCUUGGAUGGGAGGAUAUUUGUCACACUAAACACUGGAUUUCAUUUGUGUGAACCACAAAUCCCAUUAACAUGGAUCGAUGGAAGCCUAUCAGAUGCCCAAAGCUAGACUAGUGGUCUCUUCUUGCAGUUGGCAGCCAUUGAUUGGCUUCUAGUUCAACUACUGAUUGGUCUACGAACUGAGAGCUUGACUAUAACUUGGACUAAGGAGUCAUUAUUAGGGGCUAAAUGUGGAGCUCAAGAUGAAACUGGAGAUGUGGAGAACUGGAUUUCUACACUGGGAUGAUAACUGGAAACUGGAGAGUGCAGCUCAGGCCUCAAUGCCAAACAUUACUGUUAUUCUACAAUGUCUGAAUUUAACUUUAUCUAACACUGGAGUAGCCAUACACUGAUCAUACUACAUUGACUAGAGACAUGCUCCACUGUGUACUGUAGCUUAAUGUACUGGAAAAUAUCAAUAACCUGCUCAUUUUGUACUACUGCCAGAUCAAAAUGGAAUAACAACCAAAUGCCUGCCUAGAUAAAAUGCUAUGAAUAUCCACAUUAAAGCAAGUCUUAAAGACCUGGCUUCUAGAGAUCGCUGUGAGCCAGUUAUAGCCAACACUGUAUGUAUAAAUGCUUUUAGAAAAUGAUUUCU